GUGCGGUGUGUGGUGUGUGUGUGUGUGCGGUGUGUGUGUGCGCGAAGGGAAGUGGGGACGACGUAAGGAGUUAAAGGAUUGGAAGCGGACUGGAGCAGCGGAUCGCUGUUUGCUGGUGUGUCGGUGUGCAGUUAUGGAUCAAAACCUGUAAGAGUUUCAAUAACAGGUGCAACAUGCUCACACAGGCCAGAUCCACUCCCCUGACUGCCCUGCAAUCCUGAGAGCCAACUGCUUCAUGGUGACUCUCGGCUUCAUCAUCCCGAGAGUUUCACUAUAACAGAAUACUGCUCCCCAAUAGGAUAACUCUAAUUAACCCCGAGAGCUUGGAUAUUUACCAUUGAUCCGCCUGACCCUGAAAUGCAGAGGACAGCUGCGGUGCGAUUGCUGGCUCAAGGGGUCCUGCAUGCGGGUUGCACCCCGGCCAGGCUCACUAUGACCGGGCUUCAGGUGCUGUUGGCUGCCGCUAUCCUCUCCAGUUGCUCUCAGUGUCUGGUACAAGCCAAUUCUUGGUGGUCCCUGGCUAUGAACCCUAUCCAAAGACCCGAGAUGUAUAUCAUUGGAGCCCAGCCUCUCUGCAGUCAAUUGACUGGCUUGUCCCAGGGCCAGAGGAAACUGUGUCAGUUGUACCAGGAUCAUAUGGUUUUCAUUGGAGAAGGGGCAAAAACCGGGAUCAAGGAAUGCCAAUACCAGUUCAGACAGAGGCGAUGGAACUGCAGUACAGUGGACAACACCUCCGUCUUUGGGAGGGUGAUGCAAAUAGGAAGCCGGGAAACUGCCUUUACAUACUCUAUAUCAGCAGCUGGUGUUGUGAAUGCCAUAAGCCGGGCUUGCCGUGAGGGGGAACUCUCAACCUGUGGAUGCAGCCGUGCUGCUAGACCUAAGGACCUGCCUCGCGAUUGGCUAUGGGGAGGCUGCGGGGACAAUGCUGAAUAUGGUUACAGAUUUGCCAAAGAAUUUGUGGAUGCCAGGGAGAGGGAGAAAAACUACCCAAAAGGCUCGUUGGAGCACUCUAGGACGCUGAUGAACUUGCAGAACAACGAAGCUGGCAGGAGGGCUGUGUACAAUCUGGCUGAUGUGGCUUGUAAGUGUCAUGGUGUUUCUGGCUCCUGCAGUCUGAAGACAUGUUGGCUUCAGCUUGCUGAUUUCAGGAAGGUGGGGGAUCUACUGAAAGAAAAGUAUGAUAGUGCUGCUGCCAUGAAAAUCAACCGCAAAGGAAAGUUGGAGCUGGUCAACAGUCGCUUCAACCCUCCUACAGCAGAUGAUCUGGUUUACAUUGACCAGAGCCCCGAUUACUGUGUGAAGAAUGAGACAACAGGUUCGCUGGGCACAACAGGCCGCCUCUGUAACAAGACAUCUGAGGGAAUGGAUGGCUGUAAGCUCAUGUGCUGUGGACGGGGCUAUGACCAAUUCAAGAAUACGCAAAUUGAGAGAUGCCAUUGUAAAUUUCACUGGUGCUGUUAUGUCAAAUGCAGAAAAUGCUCCAAAGUAGUUGAUCAGUUCGUCUGCAAAUAAAUUAUCAAUGAAAAAUCAACUUUUAAUGUAAAGGGUGCUUUGGAGAGUCACAAAAGCAACUGUUAAUAUGGUGAAUGUAUAAUGCGUGUGUUUGGAUUUCAGCAAAACACAGAAACUCAAGUUCACUUACCAAUAAAAACAAACAACUUUUUAAUCACUUUUUAAAAAUAUAUAUAAUUAACUGGACAUAGUUUUGGAACGCUGUCUUUAGUAUCUGUGGCUCUCCUCAAUGAUGUACAGCGUAUGACUGACAAGUGUAGCAUUAAUGAUAGAAUCUUGCCUGCUGACUAUUUAUUGAAGUUGAGGUCCCAAAAUAUUUUGCAUCUGACCUAAUUUGAUUUGGAGCUGAGGGUUACCUCCCUUUCCCACCACCACCCCUAUUUUAAGAACCUGAAAAUGUACUUUACACUUUGUAAAUAAGAAAACAGCCUAAUAAUACUAUGAACUGGACGCAAUUGAUAAAUUCCCCUAAAGAAGCUGCAAUGAAUUGACAUCAAUCCUUUUGAGUUGACUUUAUAACAAAUUAUUUUUGCUUUUCAUCAGAUGAACAGCUUAACAAAACAUAUGUUUUGAAUAAUAUUGACAUUACAACAUUUACUUUUCAAUUUAAUAACCUGCAAUAUUUUCCCAAAUCAAUAGCUAUUUUUUCCAAAGCGUCCAUAAACCUUCAAUUUACACUGUGCACAAAUGUGUAUAUAUACUUGUAGUUAUAAUAAUAUGUAAGGGUAAAAAAGGCUGAAUCUUAAUUAAAAUCUGACAUUGAAAUCUUGUCAUCUGAUAAAUACACCAGGUAUGUAUUUAAGAUUGAUUCAUCUUUUCGUUGCAGAACAAACAUGAACAAUUGUGGAGUAUACUUUAUAUUGGUAGUCUGGAAAUGUUUAAUCAGACUUGGAUCCAAUCAUAGCUGCAAAUUGUGAACAGAAAGCACACAGAUAUUUUAAAGACAUCAGGAAUUAAAGAAAGCAAGUGCCUCAUUUAUGGGUUAAAAAAUUAGCUGAAAUACUUACAAUCACCCAAGUUAACCUGAUACAGAACAAAACCGUCUUUUUACAUGUGUAUCUGUCAGCUUGUGUUAGUUGCAGAGAAAAAGACAUGAUUAACGGGUGAUCAAUUUUAUUUGAAUGGAUCUGGGUCCUUGUAUUGUAAAUAAGAACUUGUAUAUACCAGAUUCAGCCAGUGGGAUAUUUGUCACAUCAACAGCCCAGGCAUUUGUAUGUUAAUGCACUAUCUGCAAAGGAGCUGAUAUUGUUUGAAAGAAAAAAUGAGUGAAAGAAACGCUCAGUGUUUGUGGAAAUUAAUUAAAAAUAAUCUAUUUACAGUUUACAAUUGUUUACAUUGUAUUGGAAUGGUUAGGUACCGUACAUAUUUAAUAGUAAUCAUAACCAUCGAUGGCUACAAUUUAUUUCAAUGCAACACAUGGGUUAGUCAUUCUGUAACUGUCAAUUUGGAUCUACAGUAAAGAAUGUAGAUAUUAAUACAUUUUUAAUUAAAGCAGAUUUGGUAGCUUUAAAUUAUUUAACAUAUAGUCUAAUUAAGCAAUGACCUCUAUCUGAUGCAAUAUUAUUAAAAAGUAGCAUCCUUACCUCACUUAUCUACAACAACAUUUUUAAGUUUAUGGAAAAUUCUUUAUGUUCCUGCUUGUUUGCAUUAAGACAAAUGAUAAAACACAUUUGGCUGUUCUAGCAUUGUUAAUAUACUUGUAUAUGUAAAGUUGUAUUGUUGCUACUUUCUUAGUGUUCAUUACUCCA